AUGUCCCUCUCCCACGCAAGCGUUUGCCUGAACAACGAGAACGAACUGCCAGCAGCUUCGCGCGCCUCUCGUCUUGGAAAGCGUCAGAUCUCGAGGGACGUGCCCGACGGUGGCAACCCCGAGAAGCGUCCAAGAUACACGAAGACACAGAGCCACACAAGCGCUACAGGCGGAUCUCGUCGACCAGCGUUGGGAGAUGUGACCAAUCGACGCACGGCUCUUGGCGAUGUGACCAACAGGAUCAAUAUCAAGAAGUCCAGUGUGAGCUCGUCGAUGCGCUCAUCGACCAGCUCGUCGGUCGCUACAGCAGGAGCGCUGUCCAAGAAGACGGUUGUGGCAAGCAAGCGUAGCCUCAGCGAUAUCAGCGCCAGGAGUUGCAGUGUCAGUAACGCGAACGCCAGCAAGCGCAACUUCCGGAACGUCAACCUCAGCAGUCGCCAUGCUGGUGCAACGUCUGGCAGCACAGCGCCGGUCGGCAGCUGCAGCUCGUCGUCUGUCAUUAGUCGGAUGAGUCGCGCGCUGCCAGAGCCGACUUCAGUAAGCACGCUCGGAUCGACGCGACUGAUGGAGAAAAUCGCACCAUCGAUUGAUGUCAUCCCACCAACGCCGGAAGGCGAUAAUCACGAUAUCGAUUCGGAGGACAAAGAUGAUCCGACCGCGUGCUGGCAGUACGCCGAGGACAUAACAAAGUACCAGUUGGAGGUAGAGAAGAAGAGCAAGAUCAGCAGCUCCUACAUGGCCCGCCAGUCGGAUGUCAACCCGAAGAUGCGUGCGAUUCUUGUGGACUGGCUGAUCGAUGUUCAUUACAAGUAUGGCCUGCUUUCUCAGACUUUGCAUAUUGCUGUCCUUCUUAUCGACCACUACUUGGAGAAGGACCUAACGAUCGGACGUCAGCGUCUCCAACUUGUUGGCGUUUCGGCGAUGCUUAUCGCUUCGAAGUACGAAGAGAUUUAUCCCCCACAGGCCGAAGACUUUGCAAAGAUCACCGACAACGCGUUCACGCGAGAUGAGGUUGUCCAGAUGGAGGCAAAAAUACUUGCAACGAUCGGCUACCGCGUGACAUUCCCUACCGCAUUCCAGUUUAUGAAGCGUUUUCUCAAGGCAUCGCGCAGUUGCGAUGAUCGCGUGGAGUAUUUCGCGCAUUACGCGAUUGAUCGCAGCUUGCAGGAAUACAGGCUUAUCAAGUACUUGCCGUCAACGAUUGCUGCGUCGGCGGUUCACAUUGCGCGAACGCAAAUGCUCGAUUUUCCAGUUUGGUCGCCGACGCUGGAGCAUCACUCGUCGUACAGUGAGCGCAGCCUUGACCCUUGUGUCGGAGACAUGAAGGAAAUGCUGCGGAACACGUCGAAAUGCGUGGGAUGGAUGGCCAAGCUCACUGCUGCGCGACGAAAGUUCAGCAAAGAGCGCUUCAUGGGAGUGGCAGCGGAUCCGCUCGGAUUUGGCAAAAGCGCCUGA